AGCAGACAUGGAACAAAGGAAUAGAAGAUGAUAAGAGAUAAAGAGGAAGAAGAGAUGUCUCAAACAAACCUCUCAGGAACAACUGGGAAAUGCUCCUCUGUUAAAAGUGGUGUAGACUCUAAAUGAUUUUACUCAAAAGUUUAAUACCCAGAAAUUUCCUUUACAGACACCACUGACUAAAUGUGUAACAGCCAUCGGUUUUCACUUAAGAUGAGCUAAAAACUGAAGGUGCUUCUGUAUCCAUGAGAGGGUGCUAGAUGUCUUAACAGAAGAUCUGGAUCUUAAGUUUUUCCACUGGAAAAACAGUCUGCUAUUCACCGGAUAAGCAAAUCAGAUGUAAAUAGAAGCCUUUCCAAGUAAAAUAUGAAAGGCAAUAUCACAUUGUUUUAUUGAUCAAAGCAUGGACAGAGGCCUUUGAAUUUUCAUAGAUAUAAUUGUGUGCUUAGCUUUUACCCUCAUCCUGAAUAUUUUUGGUGGGUGUUAUUUUCAGCUAAAAAUAUCCAAAACACAAAGAUUGUACUUUCUAUGUCAAUGCUGUGUCUUGAUGUAGCUCUGUGCUUGUUUUUCCAUUUUUUAAAUCAGGUAUUAACUUGUUCUUUUUGUUUACACAUCCACAUGGGCCUCAGACGUCACAGGUACACUGCGAGUCAAUGGGUUUUGUUCAUUUAAUAGAACAUUUGGAGGAGAAAUUUGUACCAUUCAGGGAUUGCAGUCUAGCACUAUGUGGCCCGUUUGCUUUUAGGGAUUCCUGUAGUAAAAUGUAGUUUCAAGACAUAAGUUGAGGUUGGUUUGUAUUUUUUCAGCCUUGAAUAUUUUGUAUCCCCUAGACUGAUUACAGAUUUGGGCUGAUUGCCCAUGACUAAGGCACUGACAUCACACAUUGAGGAGGUGAGACUGCUUCAUGCCAAAUAGAAGUAUUGGAACAAGUGCCAAAGAUUAAUUCUGCCAUAAAGUGGCAGUAGAGAAGACAGUUAGCCAUACAGAUCUAUAGAUUGCUAACAUUCGUUGAAAUUAAACCUAAAGCCACCAAAGCUAAUGGUCGUGGUGUGUUUUACUUAUUAGGAUUAGUAGCGGAGGAAGUUGUGCAAUGUGUAUUGUUAACCGUCGGGUUACCACAGGAUGUUAUGCACUCCCUUAAUGUUGACAUAUACACUGCACAUUAUUUGUCACGUGGUUCGAGUUUCAUUUCCAUGCAGGCUAAAGAUUUGUGGACACUAUGAUGUACACCCGAAGACCACUUUUAAAUAAGGCUAAGCGAAACACGGCGGAGUGAGGCCUCCUUCUCCGCCUAUCCGGGGAGGACGCCGCUGACGUCACGGCGGUCCAUUUAUCCGCUGCUGCUUCCUACUGCGUCUCCACUCUGUCGGUUACGGCCGGAACGUUGCACGCUGUCACGCCACGCAACAGACCGACGAGUUUCAGGAACCCGAGGAGAUAUCUACACAUUUGGGUGGAGUGGUGUUAAAGGAGCUCACUGAACAGACAUCAUGGUGAACAUCCCAGAAUACUAUGCAGGGAAAACUGUCCUGAUCACUGGGGCAACCGGCUUCAUGGGCAAGGUGCUGCUGGAGAAGCUGCUGAGGUCUUGCCCAGGAGUCAAAAGCGUCUAUGUGAUGGUGAGGUCAAAAGCUGGGCAGUCCCCUAAGGUCCGCAUCGCUGACAUGAUCAACUGCAAGCUGUUUGAAAGAUUGCAAGAGGAGCAUCCUGGCUUCGCAGAGAAGAUUGUCCCGGUGAACAGUGACCUGACGCAGCCAGAGCUGGAUCUGAGUAAAGAGGAUCAGAGCAUCCUGGCUGACAACGUUAACAUCAUUUUCCACUGUGCCGCCACCAUCCGCUUCAAUGAGCCACUCAAGGAUGCGAUGCAGCUGAAUGUCCUUGCCACCCAGAAGAUGAUGGCACUGGCCCACAGGAUGAAACACCUGGAGGUCUUCCUUCACGUCUCCACUGCCUAUGCCAACUGUGACCGUGAGCUCAUUGAGGAAAUGGUGUACCCUCCCCCUGUAGACUACCGCAGACUCAUUGACUCUCUAGACUGGAUGGAUGACGAGCUGGUCUCUGCUCUGACCCCAAAGCUGAUCGGAAAGCGUCCCAACACCUACACCUACACCAAAGCCUUGGCGGAGUAUCUGGUGCAGCAAGAAGCAGGAGACCUCAAAGUAGCCAUUGUCAGACCUUCUAUAGUGGGAGCCAGCUGGAAAGAACCCUUCCCUGGUUGGAUUGAUAACUUCAACGGCCCCAGUGGAAUAUUCAUAGCGGCCGGUAAGGGGAUCCUGCGUACCAUGAGAGCGUCUAAUGACGCGGUGGCCGACCUGGUGCCUGUUGACGUGGUCAUCAACGCCACGCUGGCUGCAGCAUGGUACUCUGGAUCACAGACGCUCAACAGGUCUAGAAACAUCCUGGUGUACAACUGCACAACUGGAGGGAUCAACCCAUUUCACUGGGGCGAAGUUGAGUACUGUAUAAACAUGAUCUUCAAGACCAAUCCCUUAGAGCAGGCCUUCAGAAGGCCCAAUGUCAAUCUGCGCUCCAACCCCUUUACUAAUCAGUGCUGGACCGCUGUCAGCCACACGCUGCCAGCUCUGCUCUAUGACUGCUGUCUGACGCUGACCGGCCGACAGCCCCGGAUGAUGAAGACGAUCACGCGCCUCCACAAAGCCAUGAUGGUGCUGGAGUACUUCUGCAGUCACUCGUGGGUGUGGAACAAUGACAACGUGGCCAUGCUCAUUGGGCAGAUGAGCCCAGAGGAUAAGAAGAUGUUUAAUUUUGAUGUGCGUCAGCUGCACUGGGCUGAGUACAUGGAAAGUUACUGCAUGGGCACCAAGAAAUACGUCCUGAAUGAAGAGUUGUCCGGCCUGCCUGCUGCACGCAAACACCUCAACAAGCUAAGGAACAUCCGCUACACCUUCAACACGGUCCUGGUGGUGCUCAUCUGGCGCGUCUUCAUCGCCCGCUCCCAGAUGGCUAGAAACAUCUGGUAUUUUGUGGUGAGCCUCUGCUUCAAAUUCCUCUCGUACUUCAGAGCCUCGUCCAGCAUGAGAUAAAGGUCCUGGGCACGGCGGGGAGUGAGGAGGCGAAGGGGCGACGACAUGAAGAAACACUGGCUGAGAUGGAGAGAGGUUCCCUUACAAAGCUCCCGUGCUGUUUGCCUCAAGGAUUUAGUGCAACACAGGAGUGUGGAGUCCACAACGCUCCAACGGAUCCAUCUCGCCUGAUCUCUAGCAUUUCAGAAAACACCAAGGGACUGGAUCGGUCUGUGCAGUCUGUAAAGAAGCAGCGCUUGUGGUGCUGCUCUCCAUCCACACAAAGCUCUGCACUGGAUGAUGCUGUGCUGCACGAAUCCUCUUGUUGGUUUUGCCUCAUUCUAAGCUUCCUCUACUGUAUCAGUCAUCUUUGAUUAAAGAAUAAUACUUUGACUGCUCUUUAAGCAAUGUUUUUGUCACCUGAAAACAUAACUUAUUUCCUUUUGUAUCCCUUGAUGUUUUUAUUUGCUUCUAGUCGCUGCUUGUAAAGCCUAUUUUUUGGUUUUUCUUUUCUUUUUAAUCUGUUACGUAUUCUACAUUUGGGAUUUCUCUCGGCAGCAGAUUUGUCCAAAAAAGCAGAGGCAAGUCCCUGUUUUUCAUUUGUUUGGAAGCCGUUGGAUAGUGCUGUACUGACUGGGAGCAGGUGGUGAUGGUUUCACCGCUGUCCCCCUACAGACUCGAGCCAUUCCACCCAGCGCUAGCUUGGUGCAAAGAGAAAUUUGAAGAUCCCAUACUGGUUGUGCCCCAACAGGAGCCGUACACGGCCCUGUGUGUCCCCAGUGAACUGCAGCGACUAGUUCUACCAUUCAGACCAAGCACAAAGGGGACUGUUGUGCCUACAAACUGAUUAUUGUGGCAAAGGCACAUGUUUCAAACACACGGGUUUCUGUAAAGAUAUUUUGGCCCAAUUCCACUAAACACGUGUAGCUGAGAGGCUUGGUUUUCUCUGCUAAGCUUACAGAUGUGGACUCUGUACUGGUCGGUGAGUCUUUGGUGUGGACUCUUUUAUUGGUCUUAGUCAGUACACUACUUUUCAAGUGUGGCAUUGUGUAGAGUUGGUCAUGGAUCUGUCAUUUUUACUUAGUUGCCUCUGUAUGUACUCGCGCUGUGUAAAACCUGCUCUUAAGCCCCAUGAAAUGUUUUGCCUUCAUUAUUCUGCCUCGUUACGUAACACAUUUUUUGGAGAACAAAUGUUGGUUUGUUACACAAUUGGAGUCUUGUUUUUCUAUGAAUGAAGCCGGAUUGUCAUAUUAAUGGUUAACUUACCAUACCUGAGGUUUACCUGUACGCAUUGCAUCUCAUCUGUUACCUUUUUCUCGAGCACAUUGCAAUGUCUACUAGCAUACAUGCGUCUGCUCAAAAUCUCCUGGAUUCAGGAGCCAUUUUACAAAGGAUCAUGUGACUUGGUGGAGGGAUGCACUCUUUUCAAAAGAAGUGUAUUGUGCCUGAACUUAUGAUUAUUCUAACAAUGUAAAAAGGGAGCAAUCAGAUGUGUUUUCUAAUUAUUUUCUGUACAGAUCUUUUUAGGUAGCCUUCAAAAAGAUGUAUUUUUAUCUAUAAAAAUCUCACUGCUUCAGCUGCUGUAAAUAUGUAAACAGGAGUGUGGUCUGUCCACGAUUUAAAUCACUCUUCUGCAUUGUAUGAACAUGUGUUGUUUCUAUUAUAUGUCAUAGGAUCACCGUAACAAUGUUCACUGACUCCUGAAACAAAACCCUCGCAAUACGACACUUAAAGAUGAAGUUGUCGGAGUGCUGUAGGAUCCCUUUAAACUGUAGCUGUAAUUUCCUUGUGAGGGUGUGAAUGAGCAGCUCCGUUUAGUCUUCAUUGAAUGGCUGUCCUGCUUUAGUGCUGCAGGUGAACAGCCAGUGUUGUUCUGAUUCAGGGUUUUCUUCAAGCUCCACAUGUUUCUACAGAAAAACCCAACGCAUCAUUUCCACUGGAUCAAACCUUAAAUAGUUUACUAAUUAUUCACUUUAUGAAUCCCUAAAGGCCCCUUAAUUUCAAAUGUGUACGUUUUUGUUCAUGACCUAAUUAUUCAUGGAGUAGUUCUCUGCUGGUUGGUUAGGGUGAAUAAACUACCCCCCCUAAACCAGCAUUGUUUACCGUUGGGUUUUAGUUCAGAUGCUGCUCAUCAAAUCGUCUUUGUCCCAUCAUUGCAUGUUUUAUUGUGCAAACACGAAUGUAACCAGCCUCUUAACUUUCAGCAUGAAAGAUAAUCAACAUAUUCCCUAAAAUGUCCACUAAAACAUCAACUAUUCUUCAUUGUGAGGACUGUAAAGUUUGAUCAGAAUAAAUUGUCACUGGAAUGACGUACGAUGAUGAAGCAGGAACCGUACUCUCAGUACCCCCUCCUGCAGCACUCCAGACACACCUGAAAGGCCACUAUGUCUUAGUUUACCCAUGAGACUUGCACAGUACUCACUCCUACUGAAAAUAAAAAAUACUCUUUUAUUGCUUCAUACCUUGUUUGCCUGUUUUCACGUCGAAAUGUUUUUCAUGUGGUCCGUGUUGAAGCUUCAACGGCCUGUGUAUUGAUCACAUUGCAUCAAGGUGGAACAGGUGGUUAUAUGUUUGACUGUAUGCUGAUGCUGUCCAGUGUGACUAAUGGGUCUUCAUCCAGACCGGCUUCAGUGCCAAUGUUUUCAUUGUAAAUGUGGAUCUCCAACAAAUAAUCAAUGGGUGCCUUUUUGUCUGUAAACCAAAAAGAAAUAAAGGGUGUUUAAACCUC